GUUGAUAUAGAAUCCAUUCAUAGAUAACGUGUUGGGUGCACGUGUGAAAUUGUUCGAUCUUUCGAAAAGCAUUUUUCUUGGGUAUUUUCUUUUUGGAUGUUUUUUUUGAAAUCAAAAUCAUGGUACAUUUAGACGAUGAUGCUUAUUGUUUUCUAUGUAAAAUUCGUUUCAUUACAAGUGAACAAAUCAAAAAACAUUUUAAAGAAAAGCAUUCAAAUUAUCAAUCUGAUGCUUAUCGUUGUUAUGCUUGUGUUUCUUGUCAAUAUGUAAAUUUACGAAAUCUAAUCAGACAUUUUGUAAAUAAACAUUGUCAACCGGAUCGACAAAUAGAAAAUGUUUUGGAUUCGAAUCUAAAUCAAGAUAUGAUAGGUGAUAGAAUGCAUCAGUCAAAUAUUGAUCAAGGUAAUGAACGAAUUGAAAUCGACCAAAGCGAUAUACCUCAAGAUGUAAUAGAUGAUCAAAAUUCGUUGAUUCCUUCAAUUAUGGAUAAUUGUGAACAAAAAUGUGAUAAUAUUUCCGAAUCUGUAUGUGAUAAACCUGUUGUAGUCGAACCUGGCGAAACAAAUCCAGAUAAUUUACCAAGUUUGGCACAAAUUUUCGAAAUUGGUGGCGAAAAAAUUUUGUUUGAAAAAAUUGUCGAAACAAAAUAUGUAUCAUCGGUUGAAAGACAGAAAUUGGUCAAUUGUGUUGGCAUUUUUCUUGCUAAUCAUUAUAAAUCGUUAACGAUUCCAAUCCAAACAUUGAAAUAUUAUGCAAAAGAAUUGAGCAAAAUUAGUCAAGAUACAGAAGAAGAUUAUUUUUGCUAUUGGAUAUCAUCACGAAUUAGAUCGGGAAAAUUAGUCGAACAUCGAAAACCAGUCGGUAGAUUAUAUAAAUUUUUUGAAUAUCGGCGAAGAAAAUACAAACUCGAUGAACAAAAAAAGAAAAAUUAACCCCUUGAAGCUCUCUGUGUGUUUUGUUAA